AUGAAUGAUGAGGCGGCGCCUGACGCAAACCCCAACAACCACAGCGACCUCGACCCUCACACCAGCCACCGGACAACCCCCUCUGGCACAAGCAAACGAGUUGGGUCGCGGGGUUGGCUGAGCAGUGUUCGCCGUCCAAGGACCUCUCCUGGCCCGAGAACGUCUGUGUCCUCUUUCAACAAAACAACACUCCUCACGAACAGCGCGAUCGACGAUACCCGCCGGGACUCGGCGUUGGCGACCUCUACUACCAGCUGUGACGGCGCGGACUCUACAGCUCCCACUCACGCGACUUCUUCAUCAUCCUCUCCCAGCCUGCACAAGGCGCCAAGCUUGCCUGUCAUCACCGUUCACCAUGAGCCAACACCGCCGUCGUCCAGCAGCCGCGCAUCGCAGCACAACCCGUCGCAGAGCGGGACCCCUUCCGAGCGCAAACUUGAUUUCCAAGCCAUAGAUACCGUUAUACCCACCGGGGGCUUUGACGAUUUGACAUCCCCGACCCAGAUUUCUUUCUCCAAGAGGGGGAGCAUGUUGUUAGGGGGCAAGCGGGCGAACAAGAUGAACUUCAAUCAGCUCAGCCAUGUCGCUGAGGCAUCCUCUGAGUCUAACCAACAAGCCGAAACGCAAUCGGACGACAAGGAGGAGAAACAUGAGGAAACGAACGCGCAGGCAGGGCAACAACAGCUCUCGGCACCUUGCAUUCCGCGUCGGACCGCCCGUUCGCUUUCUGGGAACUCCAUGCGGAGGCGAGUGGUCAGCAACCGUAUAUUGUCUACCGACGAGGCGAUGCUGUCGCGGAAAGUCCGAGCCAUGUACAAGCACGGGAACGAGAGCGCAGCUAACUGGGACGAUCUGGAGGAAGAGGAUGAAAGCGUGCGGAAUGGCUUUCCUGGCAGCAGUGUGAUUGGCACUCCUGCAAAUACAUCCAGUCUGACAGUGACCUUGGAGGACGCGAGCUCUUUGCGCAGCUCAAAACGGGGAAGCGUGAUUGCAAGAGACACUAAGCGGGAUAGCAUGAUCGUGAGGGAACCGGCCGAAGUAGCAGGAGGAGCAGAGGACUGGACGGAUGUCGAGGGUGGAGAGGUCGACCGGUAUGGGUUUAUCAUGCCUAAGAAAGCCCCGUCCGGCGGGUCUGCGAGCCAGGGACCGGAUGACGGCCCUGACGAGCCUGGGAUACAGAGAGUAACAACAUUGCUGAAGCUUGCGUCCGAAGAACCAAGAAACAGGGGAGGGAUUGGACGCAGUGUAUCCCGAGCACGAUCAGGGCGGUUGGCGAUCGCCAAGGGGCACGCUCGACGGCAGUCGCAGAGAUCUUCUCAAGUUCAGCCAUCUCUAUUUUCUAACCGAACUGCACACACUCGACGUACCCCACAGAAGCCUUUCCGACAAGCUACCAAUCGACUACCGCACAACAGAAAUCGCCGUCUCCUUGAUGAAGCAAGCGAUAUGCUGAAGCUGCCUCCGGGCCUGGCGGAACUGGCAGAGGAAGCAGAAGACGGAAAGGCAGCGCAGGCGAUGAAGAAGAAAGAGAUGGAAAGAGAAGAGAAAUGGAGGAAAAUGGCGAAAGUGGUUAAAGAGGGCACGAAAGGCGGAGGUAUGUUGUUUGAGUUCGAUGUGAAAGAUUCAAAAGUCACAUCCCGCACCUGGAAAGGCAUACCCGAUCGCUGGCGUGCGACCGCGUGGUAUUCCUUCUUGGCCGCCAGCGCAAAGGCAGUUGAGGACAGCCCAACCGACGAAGAACUGAUCGAAUCCUUUUAUGAGCUCCAAGAAGAGAGCUCGGCAGAUGACGUUCAGAUUGACAUGGAUGUCCCCAGAACGAUUAACAGGCACAUUAUGUUCCGCAGGAGGUACCGGGGCGGUCAACGUCUCCUGUUUCGAGUACUCCAUGCCAUGUCGCUGUAUCUGCCUGAGACUGGCUAUGUUCAAGGAAUGGCUCCCCUAGCCGCAACGCUCCUUUGCUAUUACGAAGAAGACAAGGCAUUUGUGAUGCUGGUACGACUGUGGAUGCACCGGGGGCUGGAGAAGCUGUAUGAGAAGGGCUUCACAGGGCUAAUGGAAGCGUUGCAAGACUUUGAGCAGAACUGGAUGCGCGGCAGAGAUGUAGCGAAAAAAUUGACCGAAUUGGACGUCUCACCAACCGCCUAUGGUACAAGAUGGUAUCUCACACUAUUCAACUACUCGUUACCUUUCCCUGCUCAACUUCGCGUAUGGGACGUAUUCAUGCUUCUGGGCGAUAUAUCUCACGCCUCCUCCCCGUCCAAUUUCAGCGGUGAUCUCGACGUGCUCCAUGCGACAUCGGCGGCGUUGAUUGACGCAACGAAGGAAAUUCUACUGGACUCAGAUUUCGAGAACGCGAUGAAGGUGUUGACGUCCUGGAUUCCAAUCAAAGACGAAGAUCUCUUAAUGAAGGUGGCAAAAGCCGAAUAUAAGAUGCGGAAGAAGCGAAGGAAUGCGACAUGA